AUGGUGGAGGUCGAUGGGGCUGACAGAGGCUCAGCGGAACUGCUGGAGGCUCGACGACGCGAACUCGGAGACUCGUUGGUGCAGUCAACUUCAAUAUUGUUAAUUUCGAGUUUGAUUAGCCGUGUCAUUUCAGGGGAGAAAGGAACUAGGAAGAGCAGAAAGCCUCUCCACUACAAAGGGAGUUCAUUCCACAGAAUUAUUCCUAGCUUUAUGAUUCAGGGAGGAAAUUUUACUCUUAACAAUGGACGAGGUGGAGAAUCGAUUUAUGGUGCUAAAUUUGCAGAUGAAAAUUUCAAACUAAAACAGAUUGGACCAGGAAUUAUAUCAAUGGCAAAUGCUGGACUAGACACUAAUGGUUCCCAAUUCUUCAUUACUACUGUCAAGACCAACUGGGCUCUUUUGUUGUAG